AUGGCGGCUUCUGCUCGAGCUCUUCGCCAGGCCAGUGGCAUCCUGCUCCGAGACAGCAUCGCGAAGCCACGUCCCUCCCCCCGAGCGUUUGGUACCCGUAAUGCUCCAGCUGUUGCUACCAGACAACAUCUCUUGAGCCCUAAGGCGCCCUCGUGGCAACAGGUCAGGAAAUUCAGUCGCUCGACCAAGCGAUCUGCAGCGGUGCAGGAGGCUCCCCGCAAAGAGGCAUACUUGGAGAGUGGUGUCGUUGAGCCAGGGAAAAAUUUAGUGGAUGUCAAGAAGGUCCUGGUCAUUGGUAGUGGUGGUCUCAGUAUUGGACAAGCGGGAGAGUUCGACUAUUCUGGCUCUCAAGCAUUGAAAGCUCUCAAGGAAGCCGGAGUUGCUUCUGUCCUUGUCAACCCCAAUAUUGCCACUAUCCAAACCGACCACAAGCUCGCCGACGAGGUCUACUAUCUGCCUGUUACUCCCGAGUACGUGACCUAUGUGAUUGAAAGAGAGAAGCCCGAUGGAAUUCUUCUCACAUUUGGUGGCCAAACAGGCCUCAAUCUGGGCGUCAAGAUGAACAAGAUGGGUAUAUUUGACCGCUACGGUGUCAAGGUUCUGGGAACUAGCAUCAAGACGCUCGAGACAAGUGAGGACCGAGACCUGUUUGCGAAGGCCCUCAACGAGAUCAACAUCCCUAUUGCGCAGUCUAUCGCCGUCAGUACUGUGGAUGAAGCUCUUGAUGCUGCUGAGCAAGUCGGUUAUCCCAUUAUUGUUCGCUCAGCAUACGCUCUGGGAGGUCUGGGCUCCGGUUUUGCUAACAACCGAGAGGAAUUGAGCAACUUGUCCUCGCGAUCGCUUUCACUGUCUCCUCAGAUCCUGGUCGAGAAAUCCCUCAAGGGCUGGAAGGAAGUCGAAUAUGAAGUCGUUCGAGACGCCGAAGACAACUGCAUUACCGUUUGCAACAUGGAAAACUUCGAUCCACUCGGCAUCCACACGGGAGACAGUAUUGUGGUGGCUCCCAGCCAAACAUUGAGUGACGAAGAGUAUCAUAUGCUUCGAACGGCAGCUAUCAAGAUCGUUCGACAUCUGGGAGUCGUAGGCGAAUGUAAUGUGCAGUACGCUCUGCAACCCGACGGCCUUGAUUAUCGAGUUAUUGAAGUCAAUGCUCGUCUUUCUCGAUCAUCCGCUCUGGCAUCCAAAGCUACUGGAUACCCUCUUGCGUACACUGCUGCGAAAAUUGGUCUGGGACAUACCCUUCCCGAGCUACCGAAUGCAGUGACCAAGACCACCACUGCGAACUUCGAACCGAGUUUGGACUACAUUGUGGUCAAGAUCCCGCGAUGGGAUUUGUCGAAAUUCCAACACGUGAAGCGAGACAUUGGCAGCGCCAUGAAAUCAGUAGGAGAGGUUAUGGCCAUUGGACGAACCUUUGAAGAAUCCUUCCAGAAGGCUAUCCGCCAGGUCGAUCCCAGAUAUGAGGGGUUCCAGGGUGAUAAAUUUGAUGAUUUGGACGAGACCCUUCGCAAUCCUACUGAUAGACGAUGGCUAGCUGUUGGUCAAGCCAUGAUCCAUGAAAAUUAUUCAGUGGAAAAGAUCCAUGAUAUGACCAAGAUUGACAAAUGGUUUCUUCACAAGUUACAGAAUCUGAAAGACACCAUGACUGAGAUCCAACAGAUUGGCUCCCUGUCUGGCAUCAAACACGAACUCAUGUUGAAAGCCAAGAAACAAGGCUUCUCCGACAAACAGAUUGCCACGUAUGCGAGGUCGACGGAAAGUGAAGUUCGUGCUCGUCGUCAGCAGUUUGGUAUUCGACCGUGGGUCAAGAAGAUCGAUACCCUCGCGGCCGAAUUCCCGGCCGAUACCAAUUACCUGUACACGACCUACAACGCUUCAUCCCAUGAUGUUACUUUUGACGACCACGGGACUAUCAUCCUCGGAUCGGGUGUUUAUCGAAUUGGCUCGUCUGUUGAAUUCGAUUGGUGUGCUGUCAAUGCCACCCUCUCUUUGCGCAAUAUGGGACAGAAGACCGUGAUGAUCAACUACAAUCCGGAAACGUAUUCGACAGAUUUCGACACCGCUGACAAACUCUACUUUGAGGAGCUCUCCUAUGAGCGUGUGAUGGAUAUCUAUGAGCUUGAACAUGCUUCCGGCGUUGUGGUCAGUGUUGGUGGUCAACUUCCUCAGAACAUCGCUCUUCGGUUGCAAGAGGAAGGCAAAGCCGAUGUUCUGGGUACCAACCCUAAAGACAUUGACAAGGCUGAGGAUCGUCAUAAAUUCUCCCAGAUUCUCGACUCCAUCGGAGUAGAUCAACCGGCUUGGAAAGAAUUGACGUCGGUUGCUGAUGCCGAAUCUUUCGCCGAAUCGGUCGGUUACCCGGUCUUGGUUCGACCCUCUUAUGUCCUUUCGGGUGCCGCCAUGUCUGUCAUCCACACUCAGGCGGAGCUGAAAGAUAAGUUGGAGUCGGCUUCUGCGGUGUCGCCCGAUCACCCUGUCGUCAUUACCAGAUUCGUUGAAGGCGCUCAAGAAAUCGAUGUCGACGCUGUUGCUUCACAAGGAGAGUUGAUUCUACAUGCUGUGUCUGAACACGUCGAAGCCGCCGGCGUCCACUCUGGUGAUGCGACCCUGAUUCUUCCUCCAGCCAAUCUCGACGAGAACGUGAUGACUCGGCUCAAGGAAAUCGCCCAGAAAGUGGCAAAGGCUUGGAACAUCACCGGCCCCUUCAACAUGCAAAUCAUCAAGGCCGAAGUCCCUGGAGAAGAACCUGCUCUCAAGGUCAUUGAGUGUAAUCUUCGCGCUUCACGGUCAUUCCCCUUCGUUAGCAAAGUCCUGGGAACAAAUUUCAUCGAUGUAGCGACUAGGGCAUUGGUGGGUCGAAAUGUGCCUCAACCUCGGGACCUCAUGGCGCAAAAGCGCGAUUAUCUUGCUACCAAGGUUCCGCAAUUCUCCUGGACUCGACUGGCGGGAGCCGACCCGUUCUUGGGUGUCGAGAUGAGCAGCACGGGAGAAAUCGCUUGCUUUGGUAAAGAUCUAGUUGAGGCAUACUGGGCUUCAUUGCAGUCGACCAUGAACUUCCGCAUUCCUGAACCUGGCGAGGGUAUUCUUCUUGGGGGAUCAACAGAACUUCCGGAACUACCCCAGAUUGUGGAAUAUCUUCAACCACUGGGUUAUAAAUUCUACGCGGCGAGUCAGGAUGUCAAGCAGCACUUGGAGAAAUCCGGCGCCUCCAUCGAAGUGAUCGAGUUCCCCAAGACGGAUAAAAAUGAGCUUCGGAAGGUGUUCCAGAAAUACGACAUUAAAGGAGUAUUCAACAUCGCCAAGAGUCGGGGGAAGACGUUGAUGGAUGAAGACUAUGUGAUGAGAAGGAAUGCGGUGGACUUUGGUGUGCCCUUGUUUAUGGAGCCCAAGACGGCUUUACUAUUUGCUCAAUGCAUGAAUGCCAAACUACCCCGACAAGAGGGCAUCCCUUCCGAAGUAAAGAGUUGGAGUGAGUUCGCCGGGUCGAAAAUGAUGUAG